UGUCGACUUCCGCUAAGCGUUUUGUCAACAAACAGCCACGAACAGCCAUGCUACGUUUAGCAUUCAUUCUAUCAUUCAAGAUCCGGUACAUUACUCGGUUUAUAACCAUUUAAAGUGUAUAAUUGCGUUCGUAUUUGGUCGCUUUGUAAUCGAAUGUUGCUGGAGUAAUAAUUAGACGUUUAUAAUGAUACCAAAUUAGCUUAGCCUCAUUUAUAACACAAAAAAAUCAUGAAGUUAUCUGCUAUUGGCAUGUAAUGACCAAUUGAGUUACUUUUUGGGAAAAGCUUGCCACCGCAUGAUGAUCUCGCAGGUCUUCAUCUUGUCCUCCAAAGGCGACCGACUCGUCUACAAAGACUUCCGAGGAGAAAUUGGAAGUGAAGCUGUCACCCUUUUUUAUGACAAAGUGACGGCGCUGAGUGGAGACCAGCCUCCCGUUGUCAUGACCCACAAAUCCAUCCACUUUGUGCACGUGUGGCAGGGAGGCCUGUACCUGGUCGCCACGACCACUGCAGCCGACUCCUCCCCCUUCGCCAUCAUCGAAUUCCUCAACAGGUUGGCGGCGCUCAUCAAGGAUUACUGUGGCGCGCUGACGGAGAAGACGGUGCAGAUGAACUUUGCGCUCAUCUACGAACUUCUUGAUGAGAUGCUGGAUUACGGUUACGUGCAGUCCACGUCAUGUGACGUCCUGAAGAACUUCAUCCAGACGGAGGCGAUCUCGUCGCGACCUUUCAGCCUCUUCGACCUCGCCAACGUGGGACUGUUUGGAGCAGACACGCAACAGAGCAAAGUGGCGCCCAGUUCUGCCGCCACCAGGCCUUUGCAGGGAGGGAAGAGCGAAAUCUUUGUGGAUGUCAUCGAGAGGAUGUCCGUGGUCAUGGGUGCCAACGGCGUAUUGAUGAAAGCGGAGGUGGAAGGCGAGGUCAAGGUCAAGUGCUUCCUGCCCAGCUGCUCAGAGAUUCGCAUCGGCCUCAACGAGGACUUCAGCAUCGGCGGCUCACAGCUCAGAGGUUACGGGGCGGCGGUUCGCGUGGACGAGUGCAGCUUCCACCCGGCUGUCCGACUGGACGACUUUGACGCUCACCGCAUCCUGCGACUCAGCCCAAGCCAGGGGGAACAAAGCAUCAUGCUGUACCGAUUGGCCGACCAUCUGCCCUUGGCCCCGCCCUUCCGACUCUUUCCUGCUAUUGAGAAGGACAACGCAGGAAGGCUGCUGAUGUUCUUCAAGCUACGCUGCGACCUGCCGCCUAAAAGCACGGCGGUCAACGUGAGCGCCAGCAUCCGCGUCCCCAAAGGUUGCGUCAGUUUGUCGCAGGAGCUCAGCAGUCCGGAUCAGAGCGCCGAGCUGCAGCCACAAAAUCGAGCCGUCGUCUGGAACGUUCCGCGCUUCCCCGGGGGAACGCAACUCUCCGCUGUCUUCAAGCUGGACGUUCCCGCCCUAAGCUCCGCUUCCAUGAUGGAGGUGGGUCCGGUGGGUUUGACCUUCGAGCUGCCGAAGGUCACGGCCAGCGGCCUCCAUGUACGCUUCCUGCGCCUGGCGCCCAUGCAGCAUCGCGGACCCGCCCAGCGCUGGGUGCGCUACGUCACGCACUCUGAUUCGUACGCCAUCCGCAUUUGAGGCAACGGUGCCCCUGCAGGCGGCAGAAGGAACUGCCUUUAUUUGAUGUGCCCUCAAAGACAUGAACAAAGAUUGAUUUUUAAUUUAAUUACAUUAUAUAUACAUAUUGUAUCGACCUGUAUGUGACUUUUUAAUAAAGUACUUUGCAGUACAGUA